AUUCCCCUCUGUAAAAACGAGGAAAGAGUAUUUUUUUUUUAGCAAUAAUCCUGGCUCGACAACACCGCCAAGCUACCGACCAAGAUUGGGAGAAAAGUAAAAACCAUUGCAGCCUCUAGAAAGAAGAAGAACUCCGCCACCAACCCACUCUCCUCCCCGCUCUAAUCUCUUCACUCUCCCCUGUUAUUCUCUGGAUUCGCCCUCGCGUUUCUCUGUCAAUCGAAAGCUUCUAGCUUCCGCCAACAAUGGCGCCUUCAAUCCCCCGUUUUGACCUGGGUCGCGCCAUUUUCUCUUUCUUGGUCAUUACCCUUUCUGUUUCAACAAUCCAGGCCCUCUCCGAGGACCCAGCAUCACCUCUUCCUUCCGUCUACGAAAUCCUGCCCAAGUACGGCCUCCCCAGCGGGCUUUUGCCCGAUUCGGUGGUCUCCUACACGCUCGACGACGAUGGCAACUUCGCGGUGUCCUUGGCGAAGCCCUGUUAUAUACAGUUCGACUACUUGGUCUAUUACGCCGAGAAGAUUACUGGGAAGCUGAGCUACGGGUCGAUCACGAAUUUGGAAGGGAUUAAGGUCCAGAAGCUCUUUCUGUGGCUCGAUGUUGACAAGAUUGAGGUGGAUUUGCCGCCUGCGGAUUCGAUUUACUUCCACGUCGGGUUCAUCAACAAGAAGCUUGACGUUGACCAGUUCGAGACCGUGCAUUCUUGCCGAGAUGGGGUCUCUGGCACGCCCUGUAAAGGGUUCUGGAAGCGGGCGAUUGAGGUACUUCCAGUACCAGUUAUGAAGGAGACUCCAUUGCUAAUCACGGAGUAGCAGCUGCAGCAGUGUUAACAUUCCUCUUGUGAAGGAAGAAGUGCAGCGACGCGGUGAGUUGGUCGCGAACGAAUGAAGGCUGUGUGUAGGUAGUAGUGGCCAUCUAAAAGACCAAAAUUUCAAGGAGUUUUGAAAUGGCAUGUGUACAUACUACAUACUAUAGCACUAUAAGGAAGGACUCUACUACUUUCAUUUUCCUGCUGAAAUAAAGAAAGUAAGAGAAGUGGUUGACUGGUUGUUAU